AAACGGUAAACAUUCUCCCUUAUAUUGUUCAUCAAGAAUCCUUUCUACCUCGUAAGAUAAAAAAAGGAAGAAACUCUCUUCAAUUUCUCUCCAUAAACUAACCUGUCCAUGCGUUUCUCUUUGUAACCCUAGAAAGGGAUUCUUGGAAGAAUUCAGCACUAACUCCCCAAUGGCAUCUGGGUUUUCAAGCGGUGGUGGUGGAGGAGGAGGAGGAGGCGGUGGUGGUUUCCAAGAUUUCUACACUAAUAGAUCAUCUCUACCCACCAUGAACCUCUCAAAUAACCCAUCAUCAUUGCAUCCUUACAGAACCAACCAAAUCUUUCUUGACCAAAAUUUGUCUUCUCAUAAUUAUCAACAGAUCGCUCAACAUAGAGCAAUCUUGCCCACAAAUAUGAACGCAACCACCGCAGCCACCACCACCACGCCAACGUUAAUGGGCAAGCGCUCGCUUGCCGAUUUUCAAUCACCGCCGCAGCAAAACUUGCUAAACCAAGCGGCCCUAAAUAACCUUCUCCUUCGGUCUGUAAAGCCGAGGAUUAAUAACAAUUUGUUCCAACAAAAUACUUCGCCGAUUUCAACACUUUCUCCCAUUGAUUUCUCCGUUAACAACUUGUCUCCUCAACUCCCUAACUUAAUGCCUCAACGUUAUAGUCUGCCUCUUCUUCAACAACUUCGCUCCCACCAACAACAGCAGCAGCAGCAGCAGCGCCCCAUGAAUCUUAUGAGUUCUAACGGUGUCAUCAACAACAAUAACAACAACAUGAUGCCGUAUGUGAAUAUGUUAAAGAACCAAAACGGAGGAGGAAACGGAGUAGUUAUGGGCCAAGAUCGGGAGAAAAAGAUGCUGAAUCAGCUUCAAGAACUGGAAAAACAGCUUUUAGACGACGAUGACGACAACCAAGAAGGUGACGAUGUAAGUGUUAUAACGAACACUAACAGUGAAUGGUCUGAGACGAUACAGAAUCUCAUGAGUUCUUGUAAUAAUCCGAUUUCUCCAUCGCCCACCUCAUCAUCUUCAUCCUCAUCUUCGACAGUCACCACGCCGGUUUCGAAACAGACAAUAAUCGAAGCAGCAACAGCAAUUUACGAAGGUAAAACUGAUGUUUACCCUGAGAUCUUGUCUCGUAUCUGUCAGGUUGCGAACCCACGAGGGAAUUCUGAACAGAGAUUGAUGGAAUACAUGUUGAUGGCUUUAAAAUCUCGGGUUAAUUCUGCUGAAAAAACACCUUCUGUAAGGGAGUUGUACAACAAGGAACAUGUAGAUGCAACCCAGUCCUUGUAUGACUUGUCACCUUGUUUCAAGCUUGGUUUCAUGGCUGCCAAUCUUGCCAUCAUUGAGGCCACAAGAGAGCAAGGCCGAGAGAUGAAUAGCUGCAGCAAUGGCUUCCAUGUUGUUGAUUUUGACAUCGGUGAAGGAGGGCAAUACAAGAACCUUCUACACGCGCUCUCUGGGCUUCAAAAUUUGAGGCCAGCCAUUGUUAAGAUCACAGCUGUUGCUGCUGAUAGCAAUGGUGGAGAGGAGAAGGAGAGGUUGGGGCUAGUUGGUGAAACGCUGAGUCAACUCGCUCAGCGAUUAGGACUAAGUCUGUGUUUCAACGUUGUGAGUUGCAGACUCAGUGAGUUGUCUCGGGAGUCCCUCGGGUGCGAGCCGGAAGAGGCCUUGGCUGUCAAUUUUGCGUUCAAGUUGUAUAGAAUGCCCGAUGAGAGCGUGUCCACAGAGAAUCCAAGGGAUGAACUUUUGAGGCGCGUGAAGGGGUUGGGGCCGCGCGUUGUGACAAUAGUGGAGCAAGAAGUGAAUACCAAUACAGCCCCCUUCAUGGCGCGCGUGAACGAAUCAUGUUCGUAUUACGGAGCGCUAUUCGACUCAAUUGACUCAACAAUGGAAAGGGAUAGCUCAGAGCGAGCAAGGGUCGAGGAGGGACUGGGUCGGACGAUAGUAAACUCGGUUGCUUGCGAAGGCAGGGACCGGAUUGAAAGAUGCGAAGUCUUUGGGAAAUGGCGGGCCCGGAUGGGAAUGGCAGGGUUCGAGUUGAAGCCAAUGAGUCAAAUCGUUGCUGAGUCAAUGAAAGCGAGAUUGAGUUUUACAAACCGAGUUAACCCAGGAUUUACUGUUAAAGAAGAGAACGGUGGGGUAUGUUUUGGUUGGAAGGGAAAAAACCUCACUGUCGCUUCUGCUUGGCGUUAACUUCACUUUCUUCGAUAUUAUUAUCAUUAUUAUUAAUUGUUUAGUGUAAUUUUUAUUAUUUUUUAAAACAUAUAUAUACUUAUUUUAGUACUA